GCCAGCAGGAGGAGAAGGAGAAAGCAGAGCAGAAAGAGGCAAAGAAAGAAGAGGAAGGAGGGAGGGAGUUAUGCAAAGACGGAGGUCACUGGGUAACAGUCCUCUUCUGUCCUGGAGCAAGGAGCAGCCAGCAGCAUCUGAAUCAGGGGGAACAAGUGGGAGACGCAGGGGAAGGAGGCAGAGAAGAGCUCCAGCUCCUAGUGAAGGCAUCAAAUAAGCCUGCUCCACCUGCUCUCCUGCCAACACUUUCCUAUCAGGUCUCUUGGCAUCAGUGCUACCUUCUCCCUACUCUCUUCUCAUAUCCUGUGAGCUGAUCCUGGGAGGGGAGCAUGGCUUCAUCUACCAGCGGGAUGGAGGAAGUCCGCUCCUCGGUCCUCACCCCCCUCAAGCUGGUGGGACUUGUGUGCAUCUUCCUGGCCCUGUGUCUGGAUAUCGGAGCCGUUCUGAGCCCAGCCUGGGUGACGGCGGACAACCAGUACUACCUGUCCCUUUGGGAGUCUUGUAAGAAACUAGGCAACGACUGGAAGUGUGAUACAACCCUGCAGAGCGAUUGGCAGAUCGCAACCCUUGCCUUACUACUUGGUGGUGCUGCCAUCAUACUUAUUGCUUUCCUUGUUGGCCUAGUCUCCAUCUGUGUGGGUUCCCGCAGGCGGUUCUACAGACCAGUAGCUGUCAUGCUCUUUGCUGCAGUUGUCCUUCAAGUAUGUGGUCUUGUGCUGUAUCCAAUCAAAUUCAUUGAAACUGUCACACUGAAAAUAUACCAUGAAUUCAACUGGGGUUAUGGCUUAGCAUGGGGAGCAACAAUAUUUUCAUUUGGAGGCGCCAUACUUUACUGUUUGAAUCCAAAGAACUAUGAGGACUACUACUAGUUGUCUGAGGAAAGAAUAUUAAAACAAUAGAUUGACUCGAUUUUUUGUACCUUCCUUUUCUAGAAGACAUGUGGAGCAACAAACAGUUGGCUCAGUUGAUUUAAUCUCCCUUUGCCUUUAGGCUGCCAAUAAUAUAGCCAGCUUUACAUCCAUUUUAAAGAGAAAAUAAAAACAACUGCAGAAAAAAAGGAAAACUAAUGAGAAUUGAAAGAAUGACUCCAGUAACUCCAUAAUUGCUGCAAUUUGUUCCAAUCUUAACUUGUUUGGUAGAAGUAAGUAAACGACACACAAGUGUGGUUAUUGUAUAAACUGUAUAAUGAAAUGAAUACAGAGAUGGAUGCCCAAUUUUCCAUUGAAUGCAACAAAGAAAAUACAAGAAUACUUUACCUCUUGUCAUACUGCUGAGGUCACCAUUGUAUUGGACAAGGUAUGAACGAAAACAAAUGCUGUGAAAUUACUGAUGGUAAAAUAAGCUAAAAAUCAUGAAAAAAACAAGAUUCAAGCUUUAUCUUCAAUACAAGUGGUUCACUAAAUAACAUUACACAGCUUAGCCACAACAUCUGAAGCAACAUUCUUGUAAUUGGUGGCUAAAAUUCACCUCUGCAUGAAUUAUGAAAAAUGGACGCCUGUUUUCCAUGAAAAUAAAAAAUAGAUUUGUGGGUUUCUUUUGAACUGUGAAUACCAUAGAAAGAUUAUAGCUAAGCCUGCAAGGAUAGCUAGAAAGUCAUUAGCUUUUUAAGCAACUAUGUUUUAAGAAAGGUAUGUACUGUAGCUAUAGGAUUGCGUAUGAUCAAUAUUCUAAUGUACCAUUUUCUUUGGCAAAUAUUUGGCAGUAUUAUAAAUCUAUAUAGAAUUUGUGAAGUCAAUAUAGAGCAGAUAGUUUCUAAUUCCCAGAUGUUCCAAUUUAUGCUUAAAUUUAAAACUAACCAUAGCUUUUCAUAUCAUUAAACCUUCUAAAUUAGCUUUAUGUUGAUACAUUAAUGUUCUUCGCAUGACAGACUGAUUGAGAAAAUACACUUUAAAAGGGUUGUUUCACUUCAGCAAGUGGAAUUUAUCAUUUAGAGAAAGUUAAAACAAGGCACUUACUAAUGUAUUGUGAUUGUCCAUAUUGCCUCCUUUGCUGGCUGGAUUAAUUUUUCCAUCACAUUAUACGCUGCUCAUUUUUCCAUGCUUACGACUACCCUGCAAUCCAUCAUUUUGUGAACCCCCUUUACAACAAAGCUAUCUUGGCUGUUUGUCUUGUUUCAGAACACCUCCACCCCUCCAGCAAUUGUUGUGAUGCAAUUUAAUAUCAAGUUGUAUAUUACAUACUAGUCAUUUAAAUGAACGGCCAAUUAUCUAAUAGAUUGGUGGGCCAAAUCCACUGUUUGUUUCCAGCUCUCUGUUUAUUGUGAACAACUGAGCAGGGGACUCCAUCUAUAAGGUCCAUAUUACCUAAUGGAUUACAAAUAAAUAUGUUGUCUUAAAUGCAAGAAAAGUUGGAUACUAUAGGUGUAGCCGAUAAUAAAUGACUCAGUAAAUAGCGCAAAGGGAGCCUGUCAGUGAUACCCUGCAAAACUGCAUUUGUUUCUAGAUGGGUGAAGGGAUAUCAAUUAAAUAAUAUCUGGGGUGCUGUCCAUGUGUUGGUUGGGUGGUCCCUAAAGUUGAAAUAUAAUUUCUUCUCUGAAUUGAGCUGCUUCAUAGCCUCUGCUCUGUACGAUGGGAGCCUGUCAGUGAUACCCCGCAAAACUGCAUUUGUUUCUAGAUGGGUGAAGGGAUAUCAAUUAAAUUAUAUCUGGGGUGCUGUCCAUGUGUUGGUUGGGUGGUCCCUAAAGUUGAAAUAUAAUUUCUUCUCUGAAUUGAGCUGCUUCAUAGCCUCUGCUCUGUACGAUGACUCUAGCAGUCUCUUGGUUGUACAGUUGAGGAACCACCCAGAGUGCACUUGUGGAAGCGGUGUGUUAAAUCAGGUAAACCAGCUAUGUUUUAAUUGAUAUCACCUAUCUAGUGCCUUCAGCAGUUUUUAGGCUGAUUUUAGUUUAGGUGUCUUUAGGUGCAUUCUGUUCAAUAUAUUUCAGAAGUUAUUAAAGUGCUUCUGUCAUCGGGAAAACCGUUAAACUGGCUGACUUUAGACAUGUGCUAAUGCCAGUUGAGCCUCAACCUUCCUGGCCCUGUCAAUUGAUGAUGGGUGUGGCCAGAGGAGGGAGUGCUGAGCCUCUAGGAGUAGGGGCGAAACCCUCAUUGCUCCUAGAGGUACAUUUGCAUAUAAUAAAAGUUAAUUUUUCAUAAAACAGAGGCACAUAGAAAGAAGGGUCAAAGACUGUUCCUGCACACACGUUACUCGGUACGGUUUCAGGUUCAGAGAUUUCAGCACUCACUAACACAUAAUUUGUGAUACACCAACUUGCUGAGACAGUCUUCAGGUUGAUUUUUGGGGCUACUCGUAAUCGCUUUAUGUUUGCAACAGAGACAGUUUGAUGCCAUUUCCGAACCAGACUCUAAAUACAACAUUUAGCUGGUGGUUUUGUUCCUGGGUACUUGUCUGCAAAAGUCUCUUGUUUUUCCUUAGUUGAUUUGCUUCACACAUAGCCUUCCACAAUCACUAUUCGCUAUUCCAGGGAGAACACCAUCUUUCUGAUACAAUAAGCCACUUUUAAUAAUAAAUUGGCUCUGAAAAAAUUUAGGCUGAACUCUGAUUGGUUGCUAUGGACAAGGAGAUAUUGGAGGUGGGCUACUAUUUUGUGGGCCACCCUGCAGCUUUGAAAGAUAUAUUAGAAAACCAAAUGGUGACUUCCAGUUUUAGUCAUAGAGUUCUUUUUUUAAUACUGUAUGUUUGCCACACUUAUAUUUGAGAACAUGUGCAAGCAAUAUUCUCUUAUUCUCUAGUUUACAUGACAUUUAAUGAAAAAUAAAUGAAAAUCUGUUAUACAGUCAGAUAGAGUUCAAGUUCACAAUCUCUCGGCAUGAUUUAUUCUAGAAAAUAUGAAGGACCUGUCAGAAGAUAUAAAAUGGUAAACUUGCAAUUAAAGUGAUACUGUCAGUGAAAUGUAUUAAACCAAUAUGCAAGUUAUGUUAACCAAUCGUGAUAGUGUCCUGGCGCUACAGAUGUUUGACCUGGAAUGCUUUCUAAGGCUCCCUUCACAUUGUAAAUGCAGUGUAUGCACUGGAAAAGCUAAUGUCAUGAUAAUAAAAACACAUUUCCAGAUCUGAAUAUAAUUUCCUAAUGAUGUUUAUUACAAUAAUUAUCAUCACAAAGGAAAUUAUUAUUAUUGGGUGUUGCCACCUAUAAUUAAUAUUAUUUAAGAGAUGUGACUGUAUGGAAAAGCCCUGAUAACCCAUGCGCACACAAUAAAAGUUAUGUCUUACAGGAAGAAGCUUGAUGCUCUGGAGAAUAUGUUUCACUAAAAGCGUUAAACCUAAUGUAUAAAACAUAUUGUUUUUUUUCCCAAGUGUACUUUUAUAUGUGCACUCCAAUAAAUAAGCACAGAAUAUUUUUGAUAUUUUGGUGAUACUGUUGUACGGUAUAAAUUCCUAACAAAAUAUAUAGACUACAGAAAUAAAUAUAGAAGAAAAGCAUGAAAGCACAUAAACUUACCUCUAGUUUCAUACAAUUAGCUUUUAUUUUCUUGCCUAUAAAUAAUAAAACAUACUGCAAAACACUAUGUCUUGUUUGAAUGACUAUAGAAAAAAGCCAAAAACUGUAAGGUAUAAAAAUGUUUAUUUUUGUGAAGGAUUUAGAGAAAGUAAACUAAAAAAGUGAAAGUAGACAAAAAAAUAAUCAAUACAGAUAUCAUAAACAGACCCAAGUGUUGUGUAUGUGUCAAGCUUUUCAAUACAUUUUAUGCUUUAGAAUUUAAUAGAUGUUUGUUGGCCCUUUGAGGUAUUUACAACUAAUAUCUCAAAUGGAGAACAGAGUAAAGGUAUUGUCCCGCUCUCUCAAAAGUACCACCCAACAAACAACUAAUCCUCAAAGGUCCUUCUUCUGUAAAACCCCCGGCAAUCAAUCACAAGAAGAGUCUUAACCCCUAUCAUCUCCAUAUAUCAUAAUAGCAAAUAUGGACACUGUUUGUUUAAAUAGGACAGCCCUUUAAUCAAUGCUCAUUAGCAUGAGCCGAAAAAACACUUAAAUUGGUUUUCUUGGAAUUUGUGCUAGUUGAUUUGCUAACAUUAUGUAGUAAUGUAUACAUUCAUAUGGCCCCUAAGAGCAGAUCCUGUGAGUCAAGGGAAUAUAGACCACACUUUUUGUUACAUAAUGUGAUAUACCGCAAUUACUUUGGACGACUUUGAAGUAUGUUCAUCUUCUCAAUUUACAAUAAAGCCCAAGAUACAAUUAUUAUAUUUUUUUUUUAUUAUUCGAAUUCAUAUUCGAAUUCGCAAUAUUUCGAGAAUAUUUUGUAGAAUAUUCGUUGAAUAUUUGCGAAUUUGAAUAUUCGUUAUAUUCUA